AGGUGCGGACUCCCAACGUGAUGCCGCUGCUUUCUGUUUCUGAAGAGGAAGCGCUGCGACGCGUCAUGUGACACUUUCUCUAUAAAAACAAAGCAGGAACACGAAAACGAGACGCGAUCGACAAAGCGGCAGCGAUGGCAACUUGUUUGGCGCAGUCAGGCCUGAUGCUGGCGAGCCUCCUUCUCGCCUCCCUGAGCCUCGGAGCGGCCGCCCAGUUCGACAGCAGGCUGGAUGUUCACUGGAUGCUGUGGAAGAAGACGCACGGGAGGCAGUACCACAGUGAGGUGGAGGACGUGCGGCGCCGGGAGCUGUGGGAGAAGAACCUGCUGCUCAUCACUGUGCACAACCUGGAGGCGUCGAUGGGGCUUCACACCUACGAGCUGGGCAUGAACCACAUGGGCGACCUGACAACAGAGGAGAUCCUUCAGUCCUUCGCCACCCUCAGUUCUGUGGAUGGCGUCCAGAUGGCGCCAGCAUCCUCUGUGGGAGCCUCAGAUGUGUCGGUACCAGACACCAUCGACUGGAGAACCAGGGGCUGCGUCACCAGCGUCAAGAUGCAGGGUUCUUGUGGCUCCUGCUGGGCCUUCAGUGCUGUAGGGGCUCUGGAGGGUCAGUUAGCCAAGAAGACAGGGAAGCUGGUAGACCUCAGUCCUCAGAACCUGGUGGACUGUAGCAGUAAAUACGGCAACCAUGGCUGCAACGGAGGCCUCAUGCACUACGCAUUCCAGUACGUCAUCGACAACCACGGCAUCGACUCUGAGGCUUCCUACCCCUACACUGGACGGACUCAGCAGUGCCAGUACAAGCCUCAGUCCCGCGCUGCCAACUGCUCCAGCUACAGCUUCGUUACCUCAGGGAACGAGAACGCGCUGAAAGCGGCCGUCGGCACCAUUGGACCUGUUUCAGUGGCCAUUGAUGCCACUAGACCCAAAUUUAUUUUCUACAGGAGCGGAGUGUACAAUGAUCCAAGCUGCACCCAGAAAGUGAAUCAUGGCGUGUUAGCAGUGGGCUACGGCACCUUGAAUGGACAAGACUACUGGCUGGUGAAGAACAGCUGGGGAACCACUUUUGGAGACGCCGGCUACAUCCGCAUGUCACGCAACAAGAACAACCAGUGUGGGAUAGCUCGUUAUGCCUGCUACCCCAUCAUGUAGCUGUACAUGGAACUGGAAUAGUCAUUUAUCAUUUAUCAUUUCAUUUAUGUACCAUGUGACAGAUUUAUUUACUACAAACGCAACUAAAACCAAGGUAAUACUAAGAUUUAACUGUGAUUCUAUAUUUUUAAUUAGAUAGAUUUUUAUUGAGCAAAACUUUGCUUAGAAAACUGAUCAUUUUUUCCUGACAAAACUCUGUGUGUGUGAUAGGUCUGUGCCUUCAAUUUUUUUGAAAAGCAACCUAACAAUGACAUGAAUAUAAAUAAGUUUGUUAAUGUGCAGGUUGGUUUUCUGUCUUUUUGCACAUUAUUUUAAUAAAUAUUUUUAUGGUUGUA